AUAACCUCACAAGACAAAGUUGUUUUGAAAUCAGAUUUUGAAAUCCUCUUGAAAUUCAGGUUUCACUGAUUUCAGAUAAAGAUCAAAACAAGUUGCAAUACACAAUGUCUGAAAAUGAAACUCUUAUUUUAUUUGAUUUUAAGGAUAAUUUAACAAAUGAAACUUUUGAAAAAGAGACGUUCAUUCGCGUGGCCAACUUACACAAGAAAAAUCCACUUGUUCAAAUUAAUGAUACAAUAUUCCAAGGCGAAUAUGAUCAUGCAAUGGGUACAAAUUUAUUUUUCGAAGAAAUUCAAGAUGUUCCUCCAGUAACUGACCCUUUCUUUAAAAGAAACCUAAACCAAUAUGGGUGCACAUUCCAUGGAAUAAAAACAAUAAAUUUAAAACAAAUGAAAAUACCACCUCCCAAAGUAGAAAAAGGAGAAAUUACCAAAGAUAUUGAAUUUAAUUUAGAUUGGGAUUAUAAUACACUUUUACAGAAGUUUUCGAAUGGUGCUCUAAAACUACAUGACAUUAUAAAUAAGGAGGACAAGGAUGAUGAUCAAAACGAAAAACAACAAAAAAACACAGGUGACUGUGAAGCAAUGGAAAUAGAAGAACAAGAUAAUCAUACUUUAGCCGAAACACGGGCAAAUAUUGUUACUCAAGAUUUAAUAACCUAUGAUGACGAUAUAAACAAUGAACAAAUUAUAGAAGAUAUAGUUUCUACAGAUCUCCUUCAUGAUUAUGAAAAACUUAGAAAACUUGCUUUUCGCCCAGUAAAAAGGAAACCUGUACUUGAUGAAAUGGCUGAGUGUGAUCCAAAAUACAAAGAUGCUUACGAUUAUCAUAAUUUGGAAAAACAGAUAUUACAACCUUGUGAUUUCUUCUUUAAAGAACCUGUCAAUAAUAUAAAUGAAGAGACUCUCUCAAACUGUGUAGAUGUUGAUCGAUGUGUCCUUUAUGGUAUACUAGAAAAAUCUGCUACAAAAUCUAGAGUACUCACGAAAGAAGAAAAACGAAAUGUUUUAUCUUUAGAUAAUUUUGAUAAUCUAUCGAUGGUUGGUCGAUAUUUUGUUUUAAAAACUCAUGUGGAAAGUUUAGAAAAAUACUUUGAAGGUAAAAAUGUUGCAGAACUUAAUAGAAAAGAUAAAUAUGGAAGAACGUCGUUACAAACGCUUGACAUUUAUAAAAGGUUAUCCGAGAGGGUAAAGAAUCGCAUUGAAGAAAUAAAAAGUAGUUUAGAUGAAAGGCAGAUUAAAGUGGAAGUACGAGAUGAAGAGCCAGGACCAAGUACAAGUAAUGGUUGAUAUCGAUAAGGGUUUCAAAACUGAAAUGGGAUAAUAGGCUGUGGUGCGGAGAAGAUGUAGUACAAUAUGUAUAUGAGCAUAUGCUUCCAAUGCACACUCAAUAAGAUUGCAUAUCUAAUUUUAAUAAAUAAUACUUUAAUAAUAUAAAAA